AUGUCCGGACAACGCGUCACGCGGCGGAACAAGUCAUCUCCCAGCAAUCUGAAACUCCCUGACAUGAAGAGAAUGUCAGAAAACAAGCAGCGAAUCGUCGAAAACUCCAAAUUUCAUGAACUCUUUGACGACUGUGAAUUAAUAAACAGCAUGUUUGGCCUGAAAGAAACAAAGAGGAGAAACAGUCUCUUUCGUGAACGAGCCAUGAGGACCAUUUCGUUGACUCCUGGAAAAUUGGCAUCCUUGCGAGGUUCCGUGAUGGGGUCAUUGAACAUGGUAGAGCCAGCAAAAGAACUUGACAUGGACCACGUCUACGUUGGAUUCUUUGACUUUCUAUGGGCGUAUACAUUCAUCGGCCCAUGCUCCUACUAUCUUUGGAAGAAAGGCACCCUCAUGUUGAGGCUGCGGGACUACCUGUCCAGCAAUGGUUAUAUCACACCCGCUCCUUGCGAUUACGAGAGUAUGUGUGCGACACUUUUGCUAGAGCAGACCCAAGCCAUUCAUUAUUAUGCUAGAACCAAUCCGGAUAGUGAGCGAGGCAAUGUAGCUGGUUUCUACUUUGCGAAUUUCCCCUACGUGGAUGAGAAUUGCGAAUACCGAGUCGCUGAUUUGUUUGCAGUCGAAAUUGAUUUAGAUACCAAGAAAUUUGUCGAUGGAAAACUGGACGAUCUCGUUCUGAAUGCGUCGGAAACAAUGAUUCUGCUCUGGUUCAAUACCAUUGCGGCACAACAUGUGAAACUCCAUUCGACAGCCAACUGGGGUCUCAAUCUGGACGAAACACUGGAAGAUGUCAAUCCAUUCUUUCGCCGGAAUAGCGUUGUCACUGUCAUGUACAAUUUCUUUGGAUACACUUGCUUUAAUAGAUUCAUGAGGAUUUGGGCAGAUGAGGGUAUGGUUUCGGAAGGCUGGGCCAACGAAGACAAGCCCUUUGUGCAAUGCGUGAAUCAUGGAAUUGAAGACAACGUCUGGCAACAUUCGCAAAUCAAGGAACUCGUCAAAUACUCGGACUUUAUCCAUUUUGUUGUCAGUGUUCGGGCAAUCUUCAUGUCGGAAUUUGCAAAGUGCAAACACAUGUUUCCUGGAACUGAUGGAGAGGCCAUGUUUGUUGGAACCGUGCUUCACUCGUUGGACCAUACCCUGAUGGAUUGGAAUAUGGUGGAUCCGCUUUGGUUGGAUGUCGAUGAUCCUAGAUUUGGCAAGAUGGCAGAGGUCGGUCGAGUGGUCAAAGCCGGCUUUGUAUCAGAUGUUCCAGGUCUAUAUUUCCACAAACGCUUCAAGGGCAGUGGACAUCCCUUUUAUGAGACUGUAUAUGCAAAAGCAGCAAAGAUCAACAAGAAGCUUGCAGAUCAUAUGGACACUUGUAUCAUCAAGUAA